ACCUUAAAUGAUUUCUGCUAUCAUUUUUUGAAUUGUUGUGUUAUUACUGUUCGUGUUAGUUUUAAAGGAAAUCGCUACAUCGGACUGAAAAAAAAAUCAAAGGAUAACAUUCCAUUAUGGUACAUUACUGGGAACAAUGAAAGAUGCAUAUGUACUAGCACACAUUAUUGCCGCAUUAAUUUCUCUUCAAUUUCGAAUUGGAUUUGCAUUAUCAAACUACAAAUUCCCUGCUAAUUUCAAAUUUGGAGCAGCUACCGCAGCCUACCCCAUUGAGGGUGCUUGGAAUGUAGACGGAAAAGGACCCAGCUUAUGGGAUAACAUCACUCACGCGGUCCCAAGUAUCAUUGUAGAUGGAAAGAAUGGAGAUAUAGCUUGCGAUUCCUAUCACCGAUACACUGAGGAUAUUCCAUUGUUUGCGGAUAUCGGACUUAAUUUCUACAAGUUCAGCUUUUCCUGGCCAAGGAUUCUCCCCAAAGGUACCAUCGAAUGUAUCAACCAGAAAGGAAUAGACUAUUACAAUAAACUGAUCGACCUAAUUAUAAGCAAAGGGUUAGAACCUCAAGCGGUUGCAUUCCACUAUGAUUUACCGUAUGAAUUGGUGAAGGGGGGAGGAUUUAGCAACGACUCCACCGUGGACCACUUCGUGGACUACACCGAUUUACUCUUUAAAACCUUCGGAGACCGUGUUAAAUUCUGGGUUACAAUAAAUGAAGGUCAUACACUUUGUAAAAUCAUAGUGGAAGAUACUCUACACCGGGUUGUUCCUCAAAAUCUGGGUUUUAAAGAAUACGAAUGUGGUCAUAAUUUAAUUAAAGCUCACGCCCGGGCAUAUCGCAACUACGAGAAAAACUACAAGGCUACUCAAAAAGGUAAGGUGGGUAUGGAGUACAGUAUAUAUUGGUACCUCCCAGCAACAAAUUCUGAAGCCGACAAAAAGGCUGCUGAGCGAGCUAGAGCAUUUGUGUUUGAGUGGUUUGCUCAUCCAGUAAUAAAAGGCGACUACCCUCCAAUCCUCAUUAACCAGGUUGGCAACUUAAGUCAACAAGAAGGAAGAAAUGUAUCAAGAUUACCUCGGUAUUCCACCGUGGAAAUCGAGAACAUUAAAGGAACCUACGAUUUCGUUGGGGUUAAUGCAUUCAGGACGUUUUUUGCAAGUGAUCUCAGCGGCCAAAAUCUAUCUCUCAGUUUUCAGAACGAUAUGAGAGUGAAGGAAACUACAAACUCCUCUCUCGAUAUGUCUUCACUUUAUAUUUCUUCACCAAGAACAUUUAGGGAUUCUAUAGUUUACGCUAGCAACUACUGCAACGGCUGCGAAAUCGUCUUGACGAAACACGGAUUUAAUACUCCAAAUGAGACUCUAGAUGAUACUGCUCGUAUGACCUUUAUGCAGAAUUAUAUGGAGGAGGUGCUUAUGGCAAUUAACGAAGACAACGUAUAUGUCACCGCUUAUACCAGCUAAACUUGGAUUAAUUCAAGUGGAUUUUGCUUCAAGAAAUCUUACCAGAACACCAAGACGGUCUUCACAGUACUAUAAGAAUAUUAUACAGACAAGAAGUUUAACGCAGUUUAAGUUCUAAUGAAAAAACAUACCGGCAACAUUUUUUAUUAAAUUUUAUCAAUUUCGAUAGUUAAUUUGCUAGUUUUCAGCGAAUAAUACUUAUAUUGCCUAGCAGAAGCAAAACUGAAAGAAUUAAAUGAU